AUGGUGGGGCGGGUCUCCUCAGCGCGCCCCAGGACGGGGCGUAGCGGCGCUCGGUCCGCUCACGUCGACCUCAGGCCCCAGUCCUUCCAGCGGCCAAUCAGUGGGCAGCUAGCACGGGCAGCGGGGGCGGAGACGGAAGAGACCGACACUCCCAUUGGCUGCUCGCGGUGCGGAGAUCGGUUUGAAUCGGCGGCGCCGGGCGGGAGCUCAGGUGGGGGGACGGUGUGUGAAAAACUGCCCGCUCCUCAGUGUGGGCUCCCCAGAAAGCGGGCUGGCCCACGCAGGAGCUGGGAGGCUGUAGGGCCGCGGUGGGGAUCGCGCUGUUGCACUGAUGGGUGGUUGGUCACGGAACCGGCUGAGCGGGCAAUGGUAAAGUAUAAGAAACACAGACGAAAACGGAGAGCCCGAACAAAAUUUCUGCUAGGAAAAAAAGGAGAUGCUGCAAACCCUCAGGUUGCAGGCUCUGCUUGUCCUUCUCCACGGUUAGCAGGUGACCUUCCUCCGAACACAUCAUCUGUUCCAAGCCAUCUCUCCUCACUCUGGUCAUUAGCUUUGCUCAGUGUAAAAAAUGUGAUAAAACCCUUUACAACAACAGCCUCAUUUUUGUAUUGUUGGUGCCAGAACACGGUUGCACAGAGUUUUAAGGUGGUGAAAGACACUAUAUUUCCGUCACAACUCUACUUAAGGGAGCUAAAUACAUUCAGAGAGCAGCUGGAAAAGUUGGAAGCAGAAUUUUCCAAACUACAAGGAACACUCCAGAUGAAUGGAAUUGCAGCCUUGUCUUCAGAAAAUUCUCUUUGUCAAAAGUGUAACAAGCCAGCUCUGGGUGCUCCUGUACAAAUGCAGAUGGGCCUGCCGUCAGCAGUACCCAAGCCUUCCGCAAUACAGCUGCAGCCACUAUCUGCACCCCCUCCACCUCUUCCUCCUCCACCUCCACCACCACUGCCUCCACCACCACUGCCUCCAGCACCUCUCCUCCUCAACCGGGGCAACAGCUCUAAAGCACUUCUGGCACCAUCACUGAAAAAAGAUGGGCCAAUGCAGAUCACUGUCAAAGACCUCCUGAAUGUCAAACUGAAGAAGAGAGACAGCAACCUGAGAAUGGACAGGGCAGAAUCACCAGUGAGGACACGCAGGACACUAAUUACAGUCUCAGAUUUGCAGAGUGUUAGUCUGAGAUCCAAAUCCAAACCACCACCUCACAUUGCCAACUCCUUAAUUACCCCUCCUAAAAAUCAGUUAGAUCUUCGGAAACAUCUGAAGAAAGUCAAUAUACAAAGAAGUCCUGGUGGCACUCCUCUAAAUAGUAAAGAAAACAUUGAAUGUGGGUCCGGGUUGACACCAAUAAUGACACAAGCACUGCGGCGCAAAUUUCAGAUGGCUCACCCAAAGAGUCCCUCACCUGCCCGGUUAAGCACUGCAAACAGCUUUGAUGAACAAAAGUAG